AUGAAUCUGCCUUCAUUCUCUGUCCUCUCUCUCUCUCUCCCCACUGCUGCUGCUGCUGCCGCUGCUGCUGCUGCUGCUGCUGCUGCUGCUGCUGCUGCUGCUGCUGCUGCUGCUGCUGCUGCUGCUGCUGCUGCUGCUGCUGCUGCUGCUGCUGCUGCUGCUGCUGCUGCUGCUGCUGCUGCUGCUGCUGCUGCUGCUGCUGCUGCGUUCAUCACUAUAACAGCGAAACUCAAUUAA